CAUGUUGUCAUUAGCGGAAACCCGACCGUUAGCUUCAGGAAAUCAGUUGGUGGAAAAAAAGCUUUCCUUUCUGUGACCAACGCUCCGCAGUACUGAGUCAAACAAACACAGGAACAGCGAUAGCCCGUCGCCCAUGGACCCUCGGAGUGUAGCUCUAAACCCGCGGUGUGUCCUUCGAUAGCUCGCCCCGGUGCCGAGGCUCCGGGCCGGGACCAGAACCAGGCCCGGCGGGCUGCUGUGAGCAGGGAUCGAUAUGCCGUGUGCAGGGGAAGAGUAAUGUUUAUCACCGUGACUUUCUGUCUGUAGAUAGUCAUGUAAAGGGGGAGGAGUUUUUUUUUAUAUUUCGCUUGUUAGAUCUCUAAAAGGCCUGAUAAAUGUUUCUGAAGCGAGUAUAGUGGUGUAGCUAAGUCGUUAGCUGCUACGUUAGCAUCCUCCGCCCCGAUGAAAGAGUACAAGGUGGUCGUGCUGGGCAGCGGCGGCGUCGGCAAGUCCGCGCUGACCGUCCAGUUUGUCACUGGCACCUUCAUUGAGAAAUACGACCCGACCAUCGAGGACUUUUACCGCAAGGAGAUCGAGGUGGACUCAUCUCCCUCCGUGCUGGAGAUCCUGGACACGGCGGGGACGGAGCAGUUCGCCUCCAUGAGAGAUCUGUACAUAAAGAACGGGCAGGGGUUCAUCCUGGUGUACAGCCUGGUCAACCAGCAGUCUUUCCAGGACAUCAGACCUAUGCGAGACCAAAUAGUGCGAGUGAAGCGCUUUGAGAAGGUGCCGUUGAUCCUGGUCGGAAACAAAGUGGACCUGGAAUCUGAGCGCGAGGUGGCGGGGGCAGAUGGACGCGCUCUGGCUCAGGAGUGGGGCUGCCCUUUUAUCGAAACUUCAGCCAAGAGCAAGACUAUGGUGGACGAGCUGUUCGCAGAGAUUGUCCGACAGAUGAAUUAUUCCACCCUGCCGGAGAAGCAGGAGCAGUGCUGCACAGCCUGUGUGGUGCAGUGAGAAAGAGAUGCAUCAUCUGUCUGGAUCACCACAAGGAUUUUGAUUAACCAUGAACCCGGGGACAAACUAACAGGAACUCACCGCUGUGGUAGAGUUUCUGUUCAAUGUGGUUUCUGACUGCUUAUCACAGAGCAUCUGACAGGAAAGACGUCGGUCCUAUUUUUGAUAUCAUAACUGUUAGAAGACGUUUCUGCUGCAACCUUAACGGCCUUUGCUGCGACCCAGGAUGGAGUCAGUCAGACGGACUUUUUACGAGCGGCCAUCUGUGAAUUUCAGUCUUUUAUUAUUUCUCCUUUUUAGUCGGAAGUAUACCUGAAAUAAUAAGCAGAAGGGUUUGUGAGGUUGCAGCUUCUUUUUAAAGCUGCUUUACUCACUAUUAUAUACUUUAUUAUUACUUGUAUUAUGUCUCAAAUUUGGAAUUCGACAAAGUAUUUCAUAAUAUCGAAACAUUUAAACUUUUAAGCAUGCAUACUUCGACAAGGUAUGCUGCUCGCUUUGUUUUGAAAGUCUUCUCUAAAAUAGUUCUUCUAGCUGACGCAGACUGCAGUGGCGUGCACAAUGAGUUCUAUGGCUUCAGGAAACAGGAUGUACGACUUUGUGGAUUAAACAUGUUUCAUCAAGAGUUUACGGUUGUACUAUCAAAGUAGCCUGAGGCAGCAAAACUCAUCUGAACACAUGCAUGCUCAAAAUUGAAAAAUGUUCUACUAGAUCAAGUUGAAGUGAUAGGAAGAGCCAUUUGACUGUUUUUAGCCUGAAUCCUGUCAAAGUCUCUACAAGGCAUGAAUCGCGUGGACGCAGGUCUUCCAUUGAGUAGUCUCUGUGGGAGAAUGAUUUUGGAACGACCAAAGGAAGCUCACAGUGCAUAUUUGUGUUUGACUAUAUGGCGUGUGUUGCUUUUAAUCCAGGAGGCGCUGAUUUCUUGUCAUCAAAUAACUCAGUGUGGUUUGAUAAAAGUUCUUAAUCAGAUUUAACUUUGUAUUUUUCUUUAUCUUAUAGUAACCUAUUUAUUUAAGACUAAAGACAUUGGUAGACAGUUUUUAACUUUUAAUUUUAUACUAGUUUUUGCUUUCUGUGACUCUUCAGGAUACAUGGUACAUUGUUUUGUUUUUAAAGCUGAGGAUUUAACAGACCCUUAAAUCAUUUCUGUCGCUCCCUGGUCUCAUGUUUCUUUUUUUUCUUCUCAAAGAUAUAAACAGCUGUUGUCAUUUGGUAAUAAACAUGCUGGCCUUUC